CCGUUUUAGGACAUGAAUAGUAUAAAGAUAUGAUAGUGUGAAUUAUAUAAAUUUGCAUGCUCUUACUUGUAAUUAUUGACUUACAUAGUUGCAAGUUUAAGCAAAGUGGUGGCAGUUUUAAUUAAGUAGUGAGAUUUGCAACUUAGGUUGCAAGUGAAAAAUGUAUGAUCCAAUAAUGGCGAAAAGCUUCAGUAGUUAUGAACGCAAGAGAUUGGGAUGCUCCGCACUCGUCGUGUGCUUCAUCAUUGCAUUUAGUAUCUGCUCAUCGUUCGAUCCUCAUCUCUAUGCUUCAUCACUCAUUGGUGAGGCUGUGAAUAUAAAGUUGCCCAUCCACAUGUUGAUAGCCGGUGACAAUAACUCCAACCCAACAGUGGGUAGUGCUCCAAAUAGAUUUGUGCAUGCAAAUGCAAUGGUGAGGUCUCCUCAAGUUGAGUGCAGGUCGGAUUAUUAUUGUGAGAUGGAAGGGGACGUACGUGUGAACGCCAACUCAUCCACCGUGUUCGUGGUGGGCCCCACAAACAUGAACAAUUCAAGUUCGUUGAUAAUCAAGCCUUACCCAAGGAAACAUAUCUCCGACGUCAAGAAUUGGAAGGUAUUAAUGUCAACGUCGGAUCUCGCUCCACGGUGCACGCAGACCCACACUCUCCCGGCCCUCCUUUUCUCGACGGGAGGAUACACUGGCAACCACUUCCACGAUUUCGCCGACCUCAUACUCCCCUUAUUCUCCACCACCUUCUCUUUCAAAACACAAAUCCAUUUUCUCGCCACUGAUUACAAGCCUUGGUGGGUCUCUAAAUUCCGUGCCCUCCUCAGCCGCCUCACUGCACAUCAGAUCGUCGACAUCGAAACACAAAAAAUGCACGUGCACUGUUACGGCAAAAUGAUCGUGGGCCUCCAGUUUUACAGGGAGCUCGUUUUCGCUCCGUCUGGCGGGGCCCACCGCAUGCGCAACUUCCGGCAAUUUCUCCGAGAAACCUACUCGUUGAGAAAGACGAGAGUAGGCAAGAAGAAGAAGAAGAAGUCAAAGCCACGUCUGAUGAUCAUCUCAAGGAAGAGGACACGAGUUCUGACAAACGAGGCCGAGGUGUCUCGACUGGCUGUAGAAUUGGGUUACGAGGUCAUCUCGGCCGAGGCUCGACUGUCGACCAAUUUGACAAAGUUUGCGCAAUUAGUGAACUCGUGCGACAUGCUUGUGGGGGUCCAUGGGGCUGGCCUCACAAACAUGCUUUUCUUGCCCGAUCGUGCGCUUCUCGUACAGAUAGUCCCGUUUGGAGGCGUCGACGUUUAUGCCAGGCUCGAUUUUGGAAACCCUGCGCCUGCUAUGAACGUUAAGUACUUGGAGUACAAGAUAGAGGUUAACGAGAGCUCGUUGAGCCGCCAGUAUCCUUCUAAUCAUUCGGUUCUACGAGAUCCCGUGUCUUUCCAAAAGAAGGGGUGGGAUGAGUUUAAGGCUGUCUACUUGGAAAAUCAGAAUGUCACUAUUGACAUUCACAGGUUUAAGGGCACCCUGGCUAAAGCUCUCAACCUUUUGCAUAACUAAUUAGUGUAUACAACAAGUUGUAUGCAUGUGCUGUGCCUUGUGUUUUUGGUGGGGAAUGUUGUGUAUUUAAGAAUAGAACACCACAGUUGUUGAGUUACAACUCAGGAAGGAGGAGCUGUUGGCCAAACAAGUUUAAGUGCUCUUGUAUUUCAGCUUAAUUAAAAAU